AUGGCCCGCGUUUGCAUUCGCCGCGGUGGCGAUGCUGGUCCUGCUUCCCCUGCUGCAGGCCCCGUUGAUGCUAAUGACCGUACUGAGCGUGUCGAUCGUUUUGGUGCUGCUGAGCGUUUUGGUGCUGCUGAGCUUUUUGGUACUGCCGAUCGUUUCGGUGCUGCUGUGCGUGCUGGUGCUGCUUCCUCUGCUGCAGCUCCUGCUGAUGCUGGUGGCCGUGCUGCGCGUGCUGAGCGCGCUGAGCGUCUUGGUGAUGCUGAGCGUGCUGAUGGUUCCAUAUUCUCCGGUUCUGUAGCCCUCUUCCUCUUCGUCCCUUUCGCUUUUCCCUUCUUCGCUGGUUCAACUUGUGCUGGCGCCGUCUUGGGUAGCGGAGGCGGAGCCCUAGGUAUCUGCUCAAGCUGA